CUGGCUGUCUACAAGGGUGGCCAGAGCUGCUCUCACCCUGCUGUCAGUUGGAAACUGCCAGUUACCGAGCACGAGCAAGACCAAGGUGCAAGCUAGGUGAGAAGGAAGUGGAGACUACCAGAGGGAAGGCGCUCAGGAGACUGAUGGGGAACUGUCUGCAGAGGACAACCAGGUGGCAGCUGGACAUGCAGGAAACACCUUGGAAUCUGAGACUGCAAAAUGCCAAGGGGAGGCCUUGCAGAUAUUUCAAGGGCUGGAGUUGUUGUCACAUCGUUGAAGGAUGUUCCUGCCUCCCUUGGAAAAACAUAAGCACAUUUAAAGCUCGACAAGAGUCUCCAAAGCAAAAUGAAGGGAUGACUUCAGCUCCCAUUCAGGACAAUGCUAAUGAGACCUACACAGAAGAGUUAUGCUACAUCCUUGUCGAUCACAAAGCCCUCAGGGGAAGGCCAUCAGGCAAGCCUGCUGAGGGGUUAUAUGAGAACAUCUCUAACAAGGUGGACCGACACAGAGAGUCUUCAAGAGGAACAGAGACUGAGUAUUCAGUUCUUCGUUUCUCUUCUACCUCUCAGCCCCUACCUUCCACAGAAGAUGAAUAUGAACUUCUUGUACCCAGCCGAUUCUCCUCAUAUGCCAAUCAACAGCCACAGCCUCUUACAGCCCCCUUUGAGACCCACUUUUCUCAUCUACAAUGAAGUGACUAGUUAGAGUUUCUUUAGCACUGACAGAUAAAAGUAGGAGUUCAGGACUGUAGUUGAAGCAGUCAUGGGUCAUGGAGAUCCUUAGCUUAUUUCUUCUGGAGGGCUUUGGCCCAGCAGACUCUGCAAACCGCAGAGCCUCUCAGAGUCUGACAAUAGCCAGCAUUCAAAAAUUAGUCAACUGUCUUGAACAUCACAUUGAAAAAGAGAGUAACCACCUUUGUUUCUAAGUGGUGUUAAAAAUAAUCUGUGGUGGGAAGAGGUCCCAGUAUUGACAAUGAGGUGUACCACAAAAGGCUCUGUUCUUCUCACUAACUUCUCAUGAAUCAUCCCCACAACUGUACUCUACAGUCAGGGGACUCUUAGUCAUCGUGUUCCAUGACCCCAGAGAGAAUCCCUCAUCACCGUUAAGUUCCAGCUCGGCACCACUUGCUAUGGAAACCGGGAAUAUUUUCUUUAUUCCAUGAAUCUAAGACAUGUCCUUUAUCUAGUGUCCUUGGACUCACGGUCCCCAUGACUCAGAAUUUCUCGUACCAUCAUUAAUAUAAUUUUAAACAGUAUUUUUAAACUUUGACCUUCUCAUCAGACUUGUCUUUCUCCUAUGGCUCAGGUAAACAUUACCAGAACCUCCUCCACGCUAAGCAAGUGAUCUGCCAUGAAGAGACAGCUCAAAUGCUGCCAGUAGAAAUACCACAGUGCCAGGGAUUGAAAGAAUAGGAAGUUUCUGGAGAGCCAACUAUCUUCUCUUUUUACUGAGAGAAUAUUGUUUGCUCCAUGGUACAUUUUGGCUGCCUACUAUAUAUGGUACAGUAAGUUGGUCCAUAAAUGGUCUCAUGUCUGCAUGGGAGAAGUAACACAGACCUCUUCUCUAUGAGCACCCCUCUACGGCUUGAUUCCUUAUUUUCCAUUUUUGUUUUCUUUAGUAUUUCUGGAUUCAUGUCCAUACUAAGUUAGUCAAUUAUGCACAAUCUACUGACUGGCCUAAUCUAGCCUGCCACCUGGAUUCUUGUAGAUAAAGGUUGAUUGAAACCCAGCUGCACUGAUUUGUCUACAUACUACCUUUGGCUGCUCAACCGUGGUAAAAUUGAUUUGUGCCACAAACCAGAGGCUUUACAAAGCUAAAAAUAUCUGUAAUUGAACCUAUUCUAGAUAAUAAUUUUGCAGACCUCUGCCUUAAACAGUUACAGUUUAAGAUAAACGGGAGAGGAUCACAUUUGGUUAUUGACAAGCUCGUUAGGAGCAGAUGCCAAUGAACUGGCAGGGAAAAUAUUAAACCACAAAGGAGAUGAGCAAGACGAAAACAACUACUAGCAAAUGAGACUAUUUCCAUGUUCACACCUGCACCCGCAAGGUGUUGUUUUAUUUACUUCAUGGCCAUUGUCCUAAUUUUAGGGAUGCUAAAUUGUCAAGAUGUUUGUUGAGAUGAGCUUGGGAGGUCCUCUGCAUCUAAUUACUGUCUUGUUAUUAAAGCUGAAUAACUUUCUAUUUAAAAUGCCCCAAGGCAUUAGGGAGGUAGCUCAGUAGUAAGGUAGCAUGUACAAGGUAUACAGAGAGAGAGAGAGAGAGAGAGAGAGAGAGAGAGAGAGAGAGGAAGGAAGGAAGGAAGGAAGGAAGGAAGGAAGGAAGGAAGGAAAGAAGAAAAACAGACAAGAAGAGAAAAGAAAGCACAAAACAGGCCAAGUGCCCACUAAGAGUGGCUAAAUCCAGAGGCUUAAGGUACUUUGAAUGACUUUGCUGAGACAUAAAUCACUUGAUCACCUCCACCUAAAGAGCUAACAAGAUCUCAGUACCUCAGCCUCCAUUAACUUCCUUUUUUACAAAUAUCUUUCAGGCAGAAGCCUAAGUACAGUGUUUGGCCAGAAGUCACUUGGGUACAAAGGAUGUGUUCACAAAGAUAAGAAAUGCUGUUAUGAGAUGUUACACGUGGUUUGUGGGGGGACAAGUGUGGGCCAGAGAUUGAUUCAAAUCUUAUUUCCUUUUCACGCUCCUUUUAGCCCGACCCACUUUCUUGUAGGCUCAGUGUAUUGCAACCAUACAGUGGGGAGGGCUGCAUUUGAUAUAUAGUUACCCAUUCUAGUUUUCUUUCAACUGUGGGAAUAAAACACUGACCAAAAGCUAAUUGGAGAAGAAAGAGUUUAUUUGCCUUACAUGUCCCAACCAUAGUUCAUCCUGGCAGGAGCUUGAGGUGAGAACUGAUGUGGACGUCAUGGAGAAAUGCUACUUACUCUCUUUCUUAUACAACUCAGGGCCAUCUGAUCAGAGGUGGCACUGCAGUUGUCUGGGCCCUCCUACAUCAACUGUCAAUCAGGAUGAUGUCCCAUAGAAACACCCCCAGGACAGUCCAAUGGAGUCGAUUGCUAAAGUGAGGUUCCUUCUUCUCAAGUAACUCAAUUUUGUAUCAAGUUGAUAAACAAAACAAAACCCUCACCGUUUUAUCAUCUAUCCUAGACCUUCAGGAUGAAGGAUAGCAAAGAAUAGAGAGAAAGAGAAGCCUUUUAAAGCUUAUGCAGAAAAGCUUGCUGCUCUAGCAAGUUCUCUCCGGCAAGGCAGACAUCAAACAGAUGGCUCUAAGCUAGACCUCUUCACACUGAAACUAAACCUUUGUGGCAGAUAGGCGGUGGAAAUAUUCCCACUAUGGUGCAAUAACCUGUAUUUGUUUGCACCUCAUUCUGUAAAACAUAACCUGUCCUCCAAAAGCAAACGCCUCUUUUUAAAUCUAAAUGCCUAGACCAAGAAGCAUAUUCACAUGGUAAAAUUAGAGGAUUACACAGCAGCCAUGUUUCUAGAUUAAAGAGUUCUUGGAGGUAUCUCAAAGCAUUUGCUAGGAGUGUGAACGAGAUAGCUCAGCGAGUAAAGUGCUUACCAGGCAAAUCUGACAGCCUGGAUUUGAUCCCACGACCCCACAGUGAAGGAGAGAACUGAUUUCUGAAAGUUGUCCUCUGACCUCCGCACUCACACAUAAACAUUCACAAGUAACCCACAAAGAAUAAUAUUCCCAGUAGGAUACAAGACGCUGUGUUUGUUUGUACCUUGUUUUGUAAAGCAUUACCUGUGCCCCAAAUAAUAAAUGAAAUUUAAAAUUUAAA